UUGAACCUGGGAUUCGGUUACCUGGGGACUAAACCUCUCUGAGGGCAGAUCAGAAAACCCAGAAGAAGAGGAGGGGUUGGGGGUGCCAUGUAACCCCUCAGCUCCCAAGGGGCUCCCUGCCCACCAAUAGGCUCUACCCCCACUUGCCUUUGUCUGAAAGAUGGCUUUAGGUGGUAGACCAGCCCUCCCCUGACCUUUUCUGCUUCAUUUCUCUGCUUCAUCUUCCUCUUUUAUUCUGUGAUGGGUCUUGUUUUCUGGCCAUCUCCACUGGCUUAAUGGGGUUUGUUUGGUUGUUUCGUGGCCUUUCCUCACCAGGAUUUCCACCUGCAGUCCUCUCUGCUCUACGCCACUGCCGCAGGGGAGCUCCAGCCACUGGAGCAGGUCCAGCUCACUAAACCUGCCUCUGGCCCAACCUUGCUCUUCCUGUCUGCCUGGACGUGACAACCUGACCGUCUUCACUAGCCAGACCCACCUUUUACCAGUGCCCCAGGAUAUAGAUUUGGUCUACCCUUGGAUUCUGUUUACCAGGCCAGGUUCAGCCUUCUGUUUCCUCUUCUACCAUCAACACCGUGGCCGUAUAUCAGGGCAUGGAAGUUUCUGCCUUGGAUGGCAAGAGGAGAUGUCUGCGGGGUUACCAUGGGCAGGCUGAGGGGCAAAAUCACUGAUUUUGUGUGAAAUCACAGGCUCAGAAGAGACAAGAGCUAUUCCGGGAAGAAAUUGAAAACUGAAGAUUUCAGAAGAGGAAGUUGUUUUAAAGUAUUUUGAUUUACUUCAAAGAAUAAUGCCAGAAACUUAAAAAAGUAUCAUUAACCCCUAAUUUAAUUUAAUAUUACCCACCGGUAUCCCUUCAGGGAACCAGUUUUCUAAGCCGUGGAUCCGAAAAUUGGUCAUACAGUUGACCACAGUGGAAAAGGCUGAAUUAACAUCUAAGGGGGGCGGCACAGAGAGAGAGGCAGGCGCCCUGGAUCCUGAUUGCCCUCCUGCCAGGAAGACACAUGUAGCCAAAGAUGAAUUUGGGCAAAGUAGUCGCUUGCUCCUUUAGCCAUGGAAAAGCAGGGACAGAGUGAGAUGGGGAUAAUCCCAUCAGAGUCUCACUCCCAUAUUAAAUUGUUGAAAAUCAACCGGGAACUUCUGGUCACUCACAUCCGCAACACUCAGUGUCUGGUGGACAACUUGCUGAAGAACGAAUACUUCUCUUCUGAAGAUGUGGAGAUCGUGUGUGCCUGCCCCACGCAGCCCGACAAGGUCCGCAAAAUUCUGGACCUGGUACAGAGCAAGGGCGAGGAGGUGUCCGAGUUCUUCCUCUACGUGCUCCAGCGACUCGCAGAUGCUUAUGUGGAUCUCAGGCCUUGGCUGUCGGAGACUGGCUUCUCCCCCUCCGAGCUCGUUCAGAGCAAAGUUGUCGUCAACACCGACCCAGUGAGCAGGUACACGGAGAAGCUGCGACAGCAACUGGGCCAUGACUCCAAGUUCGUGCUGUGCUACGCGCAGAAGGAGGAGCUGCUGCUGGAGGAGACGUACACCGACACCAUCGUGGAGCUGGUGGGCUUCAGGAAUGAGAGCCUGGGCCCACUGGGCAGCCUGGCCUGCCUCCUGGACCACUGCACCGGCGUCCUCAGCGAGCAGGGCGAGACCAUCUUCAUCUGCGGGGACGCGGGCGUGGGCAAGUCCAUGCUGCUGCAGCGGCUGCAGAGCCUGUGGGCCGCGGGGCUGCUGGACGCUGAGUUCAAGUUCUUCUUCCACUUCCGCUGCCGAGUGUUCAGCUGCUUCAAGGAGGGCGACACGCUGUGCCUGCGGGACCUGCUCUUCAAGCAUUACUGCUACCCAGAGCAGGACCCCGACGAGGUGUUCGCCUUCCUGCUGCGCUUCCCCCAGACGGCCCUCUUCACCUUCGACGGCCUGGACGAGCUGCACUCGGACUUCGACCUGAGCAGUGCGCCAGACACCUGCUCCCCCUGGGAGCCCGCCCACCCACUGCUCCUGCUGGCCAACCUGCUCAGCGGGAAGCUGCUCAAGGGGGCCUGCAAGCUGCUCACGGCCCGCACAGGCAUCGAGAUCCCGCGUCAGCUCCUCCGCAAGAAGGUGCUUCUGCGGGGCUUCGCCCCCAGCCACCUGCGCGCCUACACGCAGAAGGUGUUCCCCGACCGCGUGGUGCGGGAGCGCCUGCUGGCCCAGCUGGAGGCCAACCCCAACCUCUGCAGCCUGUGUGCCGUGCCCCUCUUCUGCUGGAUCAUUUUCCGCUGUUUCCAGCACUUCGGCAGUGUUUGGGAGGGCUCUGCGCAGCUGCCUGACUGCACAGUGACCCUGACUGAUGUCUUCCUGCUUGUGACCGAGGUCCACCUGAACAGGACUCAGCCCACCAGCCUGGUGCAGCGGAACACGCGCAGCCAGACCGAGACGUUCCGCGCCGGCCACGGCGCCCUGCGCUCGUUGGGGCAGGUGGCCCACUGGGGCAUGGAGAAGAACCUCUUUGUCUUUGGCCCGGAGGAGGUGCAGGCGGCUGAGAUGCAGGAGGCGGAGCUGCAGCUGGGCUUCCUGCGGGCUGUGCCGGAGCAGGGCCUGGGCGGCGACCAGCAGUCCUAUGAGUUCUUCCACCUCACCCUCCAGGCCUUCUUUACCGCCUUCUUUCUCGUCAUGGACGACAAGGUGGGCACUCAGCAGCUGCUCAGGUUCUUCCAGGAGUGGGCACCUCCUGGGGGGGCAGGAGGCCAGUCCUGCUACCCCUCCUUUCUCCCCUUCCAGUGCCUGAAGGGCAGUGGCCUGGCAGGGGAGGACCCCUUCAAGAACAAGGAUCACUUUCAGUUCACUAACCUCUUCCUGUGCGGGCUGUUGUCCAAGGCCAAGCAGAAACUCCUGCAGCACCUGGUGCCCGCCGCGGCCCUGCGGAGAAAGCGCAAGGCCCUGUGGGCACACCUGUUGGCCAGCCUGCAGACCCACCUGAAGAACCUGCCCCGAGUGCAGUCGGGGGGCUUCAACCAGGUACAGGCCAUGCCCACCUUCCUCUGGAUGCUGCGCUGCAUCUACGAGACCCAGAGCGAGAAGGUGGGGCGGCUGGCGGCCAAGGGCAUCUGCGCCAACUACCUCAAGCUGACCUACUGCAAUGCGUGCUCAGCCGACUGCAGCGCCCUCUCCUUCGUCCUGCACCACUUCCGCAAGCGGCUUGCCCUUGACCUAGACAACAACAAUCUCAACGACUACGGCGUGCAGGAGCUGCAGCCCUGCUUCAGCCGCCUCACCGUCAUCAGACUCAGUGUAAACCAGAUCACAGACAGCGGGGUAAAGGUGCUAUAUGAAGAGCUGACCAAAUACAAAAUUCUGACCUUCUUAGGCCUAUACAACAACCAGAUCACUGACGUUGGAGCCAGGUACAUCGCCAGAAUCCUGGACGAGUGCAAAGGCCUCACACACCUGAAACUGGGGCAGAACAAAAUAACGAGUGAAGGAGGAAAGUGCCUCGCCCUGGCUGUGAAGAACAGCAAAUCGAUCUUUGAGAUCGGGAUGUGGGGCAACAGAAUCGGCGAUGAAGGAGCAAAGGCCUUCGCGGAGGCUCUGAGGAACCACCCCAGCCUGACCAACCUGAGUCUUGCAUUCAACGGCAUCUCCACAGAAGGAGGAAAGAGCCUCGCACAGGCCCUGCAGCACAACACCUCUCUGAGAAUAUUCUGGCUCACCAAAAAUGAACUCAAUGAUGAAGUGGCAGAGAGCCUGGCAGAGAUGUUGAAAGUCAACCAGACGUUGAAACAUUUAUGGCUUAUCCAGAACCAGAUCACAGCCAAGGGGAUUGCCCAGCUGGCAGACGCCUUACAGAGGAACACUGGCAUUAUGGAGAUUUGUCUAAAUGGAAACUUGAUAAAGCCAGAGGAGGCCAAAGUCUUUGAAGAUGAGAAGCGGAUCAUCUGCUUUUGAGAGGCAGGGGUCCAUGCCCAAGGAGGAGCCCGCUGCCCUGAUGAACAGAGGGGCCUCCCUGCAUAGCUGUUACAAUUUUGCAGGGCAAGGGUGCGCCUGGUGAGCCAUUUUAGUGACUGUAAAUGCACCAUGAAGAGAUGUAAUGCAUACCCAGGAUUAUUUUUAUCGGACAGGAGAGGAAUAAGACUGAGCUCAAAACCGGCCCUCAGGACCAGGGAAGUGAGUUCGUCAUGCUGUCUUCAUGGAAGAGUUGAGGACAACGGUAGAGAGUUAGUGCCACGCUUCUUGCAGAAAAGGUGCUCAACGAACAAGUGUUUUACCUGGAACAUUCUCUUCCUCCUUAGUACCUCCCUACAGGUUGACGGUCUUCCCACUUCCCAGCUGUAGAGACUGAGAUAUGCGCAGUGUCGGGAUUUGGCGCUUCCAAGGUUUUGCCAAAGCAAAGACUCCUAGUAGGCUUCUGUUUUAGUCCUUGGUUCUCAGUGUCUGUUGACGGAGAUCACAGGGUGCCCUCUUAGGUCUAAGAGAAAGGGUGGGGUCUUCUUAAUGCGGAGUUUCCACUCAGCUUCCUCCUGCUGGGCUGACCUCCUCAGGAAGGCUGGUAAGUGUGGGCGUAAGUGCUCUGCGUCAGGAGGAAGAACCCGUGCCCUUCCUCUAAAAGGAAUAAGGCCUGGCUUGUCUUUGUAGCCCUGGGGCCCAAACAGAAGCUUCUGUCUCUCUCGCCCUCCUGAGGAAGGGAGUUCUCUCCCUGCCCCGGAGUAGUUGUGAGGAUGACUGAACCUGACUGAAGGCUGAGGGAGUUGCUGAGAACCCAGCUAGCAGAGCGUGUUACAUGGACCAUCACGGCAGGCGCGCGCUGGACAUGACAUGGAGGAGGGGUGCUGAUAUUACCAGAAAGCUUGUUCUUUUGCCAGUUUGUUUAAUAAAGUACUGAAAACAUUAUUUCUAAACGCCCGAGUCUGGGAUUUUUAAAAGGGACUUUAGCCUGAGAAGCACGGGAGGGUCCCUGGACUCCAUGCCUUGACUCCCUUCAGGAUACUCACUGCGUUGGGUGGCGCCCUGGCGUGUAGUGCUGUGAAGAGCCCGCUGAAGGAAGGGCCAGAGGCGUCAUCGUUAUGGUCCUUUGCAGGCCUCUCCACCUACCAAGGGAUCAAAAAAAGCCAAGGAAGCAACUGAGGCCUUUUCCUCCAUCUGAUCUCUGAACCCAUACAGCUGGCUUCUCAGAGGUGUGGACUUGUUCCCGGGUGGCUGGGGCCAGGAGAUGCUGCCUGGGCCAAAUUCCACAGCCCUCACCACUGUGCCUCGGCAGACCCCGGCAGGCCAGGCUCUACGUCUACUACCUUCUGGGGCGGUUUGCUGCUGAGUGGACCUGUCACCCUCUGUGGCAGGAGGCACCAAGCUGGUAAGGACCAAACACGAGAGGGGAAGGGACGAGGGGGCCUUCCAACAGUACCUUUGAGUUCUUGGAGGUCCAGUCUGGCUUUGUGCAGGAGCCCCUGUCAGGAAGUGUGCCACUGAGCAAGUUAGCUCUAAAACUCCUGUACAGUCAUUCAGCUACAUGGUGGUUGUUCCCCUACGGGGCUGCUUCGGUAGCUCUGACCCACCCCUCCCUUCACCCCAGAUCUGAGUAUUCACCUAAGAGUCACCCCCUGAGGCAGCAACUCUCUCCCUACCAGAGAUUCCGGGCAACAGGUAUGGAAUGAGCGUGGCGAGCUGAAGGCCAGGGAUGCUUAGGACCGACUUUAGACCUCCCGAGUAAAGAACUAUACUCAGCUGACAGAUUCGGGUUUUGUUAAACCACUAAAACCAAACUUUUGAGAGACUAAAGUUUACUCAGAAACUACCAAAUAGUGCUGCUUUUACAGAUUAUCAAAAUUAAAACUGCUGUGUCUAAGGAAAUUAGAAUUUGUGUAGUGUUGGCUUAAAUUCUGUUUGGAAAUACUUCUGGUCUUCCAGAUGGUGAGCAGUAGGAUUUUCGAUUUCUCAGUCUCCUACUUUGCCAGAAAGGUUCCCCAUUACUCACUGGUGAGUUUCUGUGCAGAGAAGUGGAGACUUUUCCUCAUCAAGAAAAAGACCAUUGAAAAUUGAAAGGAAAAAAAAAAAGGCCACAAACUUAGGAUAGGAUUAUUUCUUCCCACGGGACAUCUUGGUUGGUUUUGGGAAAGGAAGGACAGCUCCUAUAUUUCAGACGAGCAUUUAUGGCAUGUCUGGGCUGAUUUGGAACUUAUAAAAAACAACAAAAACCCUGUCGAGUCACCAGGUGGCUUUGGGCCAGGUCCUAAGACUCGGAAUCUCAACCUGCAUCUUGAAAACGGGGCCUCUUAGGGUAGCCUCCCACCCCCCUGCCCUCCCCCGCUCUGGGCCGCCGUGAGGAGCAGACGCGCUGAAGCUGGAAGGCGGGGUCGCUGCUCAGUACACACCACUGGCCACCGUGAAACCAACGCUGCUCAUUUCCGCUCGCCAGGGAACGCCCCGCUGCUUCUCUUCUCAGCUUGGGACCUUCCCGACAAGGUCACCUAUGGGCCUGGAAGCUCUCCAAGUCAGGCCCAAGACUAUGAUUCCACCUCGGGCAGCUUGGACUAGUCUAGCUUCAUCAGCGAAGGCACAGCCAUUAGUGUUCACCGUUGUCACCCAAGAGCCCUACCGCUCAAGUGUGACUCACAGCCGCGUGGUCCUCAUACCGGGAAGGACGGAGCAGGAGCCCACGAGCCUCCGCCAGGUGUCCCCUUCUGCUCCCCACUGGACGCGGGUGGCUCACGGGAUCUUUUGGUCCACUUCCAGGUAUGCCACGUCUAUUUCCGGCAGCGAACUGCUCCCUCACAGGAAAACCCCCUCGCCCUGGAGCUGAAAGGCAAAACCGUGAUCAUUUUAACGAAAGCAGAAUUCGCUGGCGAGGAGGCUCGUGUUCCCCCACAGAUGGCCCCGGGGGCCAUCUCAGCACGAGUCUCUCAGCCUUCACAUGCAACUGACUGCACCCAAGACCAGCUUAAAACUUUUAGAGGCACUAAGCACUGACAAGGUUAUGGGCCCCCAAUGAUCUGUAAUAAAAAAAUUUUUAAACAAUAGUAAAUGCAUAAACGGUAAAUAAGUGCAACGAUGUUAAGCAAGUUUUCCCAUGACUCCUUGGGCGUUCUCUUUUGGUUUGUUUACGUUUUUUGUUUUUGCUUUUUUGCAAAUAACAAAUAUCAAAAGAUUUCAAACUUUUUUCCUUGAUUUUUUUCUGCCAGUGCUUUGUUAUAAAAGUAUCGCAAUAUUAAUAGUAAAAUAUUAAAGGAAAAUUUUUAAGUAAUGCUUAUAAAUAAUACUAAGUUAGUUCAAUUUUUAUGUGUCAUCUUCCCAUGUUUUGCCUACUUUGUAAAGUUUUUCCCAAUUUUUUUUAUUGUG